GACAAAAGAAGUUGACAGAAGCCUGAUGCUGCACAUCCUUCAUGACACCAGAAGAACAAGAAGCUGCCUGGAGACGUCGCCCGCAGGUGGCCGAGGACGUCAUGAGUCAGUGGCGGCGUUCAUUGGACCAGAUGGCGGCGGCGCGGCGGCGUCACCGCGGGGAGUGCGAGCGCGCUCAGGACGCGCUGGUCAAGGCGACCUCCUGCUUCCAGCAACUGGUGGCAUCGCUGGGCAGCUCGGCCGACUGCAGCUUCCUGCGGGAGGAGCUGGACGAGACGAGGUCGCUCGCACACGGGAUGUGCAGCGGGCUUUCCCGACGUCUCACGGCGCUUCUUUCAGACGAUGACUCUGCCCGCCCCGGGCCAGAGGACAAACAAGCAUUGGAGCGGCUGUGGGUUCACUUCCUGUCCGCGCUAGAGAACUUCCUGUCCGACCUACGCAAGGCUAGCUUCUUGAUUGGACACUUCCCGCUGACACAGCGCAACGACAGGCGCUCAUUGGUCAAAACAGGAUGUUUUGACGGCGUGGUGGGCGUGGCGGCCCGGGCGGCCUCCGUGCAGACCCCCUGGCCCAGCUUGGAGGAGGAGCCAAGUCCUGGUUUGGAGCAGCACAUUGACGGCUUGGAGGUGCUGCUGAGCGACAUGCAGCUGAAGGUGCCGGUGCCGUUCUGGUCUGUGGAGGCCACCCAGCCGGCGUGGGUGGAAGGUGGAGAGGAACCCGUUGAGCCCGACGACAGCUUGGAGGACCUGAUGGAGGUUGAGGCGGUCCCCAGCGACAAGAUGGCUGGCUGCUGUCAGCCGCCGUGCUUUGGACUGAGCUGUGUUGGCUAA